GGAGAGCGAGAUGAGCAUCCAGUCCCCCUGCUACACCUCGCCGGCGGCGGCGCCGCCGCUGGAAUGCGACGACCUGCUCUCCGAGAUCCUCCUCCGCCUCCCCCCACAGCCUUCCUCCCUCCCCCUCGCCUCUCUGGUCUGCAGGCGCUGGCGCAGCAUCGCCUCCGACGCCGGCUUCUCCCGCCGCUUCCGCCGCCACCACCGCCGCAACGCUCCUCCCCUCCUAGGCAUCUUCCGCCAAGGUACCGACUACAUCGCCUUCCAAUCCACCAUGGAGCCCCCCAACUGCAUCCCGCCUGGCCGCUCCUCCAUGCGCGCUGCCGGACGCCCGCUUCUACUUCCUCGGAUGCCGCCAUGGCCUCGUGCUAAUAUUCCAGAAGACGCUGCAUCAGGUCCUGGUUUGGGACCCGGUCGCCGGCGACCAGCGCAGCUUUCCCGCGCACCCGGGGAUUGACUUUGACACAAACAAUACCCCGGCCGGGGCGGUGCUGCGAGACGCCC